CGAGCUAAUUUGAAAUUCCACACUCCGGUUUUUUAAAGGGAAUCGAGGAAGGUGGAGGGACGAUUCUCUGGCCCCUCUGUCUUCCCUCCAUUCCCGAAAUUUGGGGUUUAAGAAUUCGAACCUCUUGCUUUUACAAGUAUUUGGUGCCUUAGAGGCCGAUUUCUAAACCCUAAAUUUUACUUUGGGGAGAGAGAAAACUAAGUGUUCAAGGAUUUACAGAGGGGGAAGUUAGGGUUCGUUCUUUCUGAUACAUAUUGGAAACGUGAUUUUGUUUUUGGUCGAAUUGAAACGCUAAUAUGAGUAACCAGGCAGCUGGUACGAGAAGGCAAACGCUCGGCCAGAAACGGGGGCCUUCGACUGUGAAGAAAUCUGUGAAUUUAGAGAAUGGAAGCAAUGGCCAUCCAUCUAAACCUUCGUCUCCUAACCAGCCAUCAUCAGUAAAUGGUGAGAGGACUGUAAAGAAGCUGAGAUUAUCAAAGGCUUUGACGAUUCCUGAGGGCACAACAGUUUCUGAUGCCUGUCGACGAAUGGCCACACGUCGAGUCGAUGCUGUUUUACUUACAGAUUCAAAUGGUUUGCUCUCAGGAAUUGUUACUGAUAAGGAUAUUGCUACAAGAGUCAUUGCGGAGGGAUUACGUCCUGAACAAACAAUUGUAUCCAAAAUCAUGACUAGAAAUCCAGUUUUUGUCACGGCGGAUUCAUUGGCGAUCGAGGCAUUGCAAAAGAUGGUCCAAGGAAAAUUCAGACAUCUCCCUGUUGUAGAAAAUGGUGAAGUUAUUGCUUUGUUGGAUAUCACAAAGUGCCUCUAUGAUGCUAUCUCUAGAAUGGAGAGAGCUGCAGAACAAGGAAGCGCCAUUGCAGCUGCUGUAGAAGGGGUAGAGCGUCAAUGGGGAAGCAAUUUUUCUGCACCAUAUGCUUUCAUUGAAACUCUUCGGGAAAGGAUGUUCAAGCCCCCAUUGUCGACAAUUGUUACUGAAAACACCAAGGUAGCAACUGUUUCACCAUCUGAUCCUGUCUAUGUGGCUGCCAAAAAGAUGCGAGAAUUACGUGUGAAUUCAGUAAUAAUUGUGACAGGAAACAAACCUCAAGGAAUUCUUACUUCAAAGGAUAUCCUUAUGCGAGUUGUGGCCCAAAAUCUUUCUCCUGAAUUGACACUUGUGGAAAAGGUAAUGACACCAAACCCUGAAUGUGCAACAUUGGACCACACUAUUCUUGAUGCUCUGCAUAUUAUGCAUGAUGGAAAAUUUUUACACCUUCCUGUGUUGGACAGAGAUGGAAACAUAGCUGCUUGUGUGGAUGUUCUGCAAAUAACUCAGGCAGCCAUUUCUAUGGUUGAAGGUGGCACUGGGGCUGUGAACGAUGUGGCUAACACAAUGAUGCAGAAAUUCUGGGAUUCUGCCCUUGCGCUCGAACCGCCUGAAGAUGACUAUGACACUCAAAGUGAUGUAUCUGCUUUGAUGGUCGCUGAUGGUAUGGAGUCUGGAAGAUCUGCUUAUCCAUCCCUGGGUCUUGGAAACACAUUUUCUUUUAAGUUUGAGGAUCGCAAGGGACGAGUACAUAGGUUCAAUUUUGGUACUGAAAAUUUGGGAGAGUUGUCAAAUGCUGUUCUCCAGCGAAUAGGGCACUCUGAGGAGGAUCGUCCACCACAGUUGUUGUACCUGGAUGAUGAAGGGGACAAAGUCUUGCUUUCAAGUGACAGUGAUCUUGUUGCAGCUACAAACCAUGCUCGAAUAGCUGGUUGGAAGGUCUUGAGGUUGCAUCUUGACUACUCAGAUCACCAGGAGAAGUCCCAUUCAAAGUCUACAUCGGGUGUUGAAGUCAUGGAAAGACGGGGAUGGACAUCUCUUCAUUCUGGGCUUUUGGCAGGUGCAGUUUUGUUAACAGGCAUCAGUGUGAUGGUUUACUUGAAACGAUACAAGUCAUGAGCCCUAAGCAUUUGCAUGAGCAUUGCUGGGUCUGCAGUGAUUCCUUUUCCAUGUUUGAGUUGCUUUAAAAUGGGGAGCAGGCUAAAAUUAUGAAAGGUUCACAAAAGUGACUUAGGGUUUUUAUAGGGGCCAUUAAGAUCUUCAGGUUGAGAUGCCUUGGGUGUGGAUGGGGCAAUGGCUAUGAAAAUUAUAGCUGGAUCAGUAAGAGAGAGGUGGAUGGUUGAGGAUAUGUGGUACAUAAAUUAUUAACAAAGCUUCUCUUCUAACAAUAUACAAAGAGAGAAGUCACUCCUAGUGACCUAAAGAGAUAUAUUUACUAAGAUUAUUGGUCUUAGGAAAAUGCUAUCCUCAUGUGACAUUGAAAAUCUUUUUAUUUUAAAUUGAGCCAAUUUAGUAUAAUUA